UGGUCAUGUUGUCCAGUUGGUGAAGCCAAUCGCGAAACACCGCCCUUCAGCGGAGAAUUCGCGAUGACAGACUGGAUGCUAGUUGACCAACGAUGGACCGGGAUACCGGGAGCUCGGCAGCCCAUUGCCUUGGGUUACCAUGCUCGAACGCUUGGGACAUGCAUAAGCUUUCGUCGAAGGUCACCGAGGGGAGAUUGAUUUCGACUCCAUCGUGAGGUUGGCUCAUACCAUCCUUGGCGCAUCUCAUUAUCCGGACUACUCUAUAUGGGAGCUAAAUAUUUUCUUCUAUAUCACAAGGAUUUCCCCUUAGAGCCCGUCCUAGUGCUAUCGAUACUACUGGGUUAUACUGGUUACCUUGUCGCCUUGCUGAUCAAGAUGGCUCAGCUCAGUUCCUCAAAUGGGAAUGCGAACCCCGGCCAUGAUACAAAUGGGCUCAAUGGUCAAACGACCUGUGCUUCAGGAAAUACCCAUGAGCAUACGAACGGCACCAAUAAUCAUGUCGACCAGCCCUCUACCGAGUCCACCGGAGAUAAGUGCUUUGAGCCUAUAGCCAUCUGCGGCAUGGCAUGCCGUCUUCCAGGAGGCAUAAGCUCCCCUCAAGCGUUAUGGGAUUUUUUAAUCGAAGGGCGCGACGGGCGCAUUAGAGUUCCAAAAUCUCGCUUUAAUAUCGACAGCUUUUAUUCCCCGGUUAAAAGACCUGGUAUGGCUGCUACCCAAUACGGAUAUUUCUUGGAUGAGACCGUUGAUCUUGGUGGCCUUGACACAUCUUUCUUCUCCAUGUCGCGGAUGGAAGUAGAGUGGCUCGAUCCCCAGCAACGCAUGAUGCUCGAGGUGGCUCGUGAAUCAUUGGAUGAUGCCGGUGAAGUUGGGUGGAAGGGCAAGAACAUCGGUGUCUAUGUUGGGUCUUACGGUCAGGAUUGGUACGAUAUCUUACAGCGAGAACCACUAAGCCAUAGUACCUAUUCGGUUAUCACGUCCCACGAUUUCAUGGUCUCGGAGCGCGUAUCCCAUGAGUUAGAUCUACGAGGACCUAGCAUGACAAUUCGCACGGCCUGCUCGUCUGCACUUAUUGGUCUCAAUGAGGCUUGCAUGGCUAUCUUCAAAGGCGACUGCGAAUCUGCUAUUGUCGGGGGCACUAAUCUGAUCUUGGCUCCAGAUCUAUUCACGAGGUUAUCGGAUCAAAACUUCUUGAGUCCAGAUGGAGAAUGCAGAACGUUUUCAGCUGAUGCCAAUGGGUACGCUCGGGGCGAAGCCGUAGUGUCAAUAUACGUCAAGUCUCUCAGCGCAGCACUUCGUGAUGGCAAUCCCAUCAGAUCGGUGAUUUCGGGCAGCGCAACGAACUUCGACGGGAAAACAAACCCCUUAACCAGUCCAAGCGCGACCGCACAAGAAGCUCUAAUAAGACGUGCAUACAAGGUUGCUGGUAUAUCUGAUUUUUCAAGGACAGCACUUUUCGAGUGUCAUGGGACGGGAACGGCGACUGGAGACCCUAUAGAGACCGAGGCGGUCGCGUCGGUCUUUGGCGGAAAUGGUAUCUACAUCGGUGCAGUCAAGCCAAAUUUGGGCCACUCAGAGGGAGCAUCUGGUCUCACCGCAGUCAUGAAGGCAACCUUGGCGCUACAGCAUCGAACCAUCCCCCCAAAUAUCAAGUACUCGCCGCCGAAUCCCAAGAUUCCCUUUGAGAGUGCAAAGCUUCAAAUACCUACUGAGCCUACAGCAUGGCCGAUUGGCCGGGACGAGCGAGUCAGUAUCAAUUCUUUUGGCGUAGGGGGUUCCAACGCCCACGUUAUUCUGGAAGCGCCGGGACGGUUUUUACCUGCAAGUCAGAUGAACGGACGAGAUACACCAACCGCCACCGAUAAACCACAACUAUUAAUAUUUUCUGCGAACACUGCCUACUCCAUGAAAGACCUAGUACAGGAAUACCAGUCUCUACUUAGCAACAGCAACGAUAUUAACUUAUCAGAUGUUGCAUAUACUCUCGCAAAUCGAAGAGAACAUCUCGCUCAUCGAUCGUUCGCGAUUGCUUCACAUGAUCGGUUCGACAUAGCUAGCUCUAUGUCGCCUCAACAGAGUGGACAAGUAACCCCGUCUAUUGUUAUGGUGUUCACUGGACAAGGAGCCGCAUGGCCAGGAUGUGGGCGCGAGCUGAUGCGCUCUAGCCGUAUAUUCUCUCAAACCAUCCAAUCGCUCGAUAAACAUCUGCAAACUCUGGGUGCCGAUGCACCUAGUUGGACACUGGAAGAAGAAUUAAUGAAGCCAGCGAGGACCAGCCGAGUGCACGAGGCCGAGAUCUCGCAACCUCUUUGCACCGCUAUACAGCUCGCGCUUGUUGAUGCCUUAGCAGCCAUUGGGAUCAGACCAGCAGCUGUAGUAGGCCACUCUAGUGGUGAGAUGGCCGCGGCAUAUGCCGCUGGAGGUCUCACCGCGAGAGAAGCCAUUACUGUUGCCUUCUAUCGGGGCGUAAAGGCCAAGUUGUGCACUCGACACGGAGGGAUGGCUGCGGUGGGAUUGUGCUACGCAGAAGCACAGAAAUACCUCGUUCCCGGGGUUACCAUCGCCUGUGACAAUUCGACCAACAGCGUAACCCUUUCAGGAGAUGCUGAUAAGCUUGAGCAAGUCGUAGCUGAUAUUAAAGCAUCUCAUGAGAAUGUCCCAGCAACAGUACUAAAGGUUGACAAGGCGUACCAUUCAUAUCAUAUGGAGGAAGUUGGCGAGUCAUAUUUUCGGGCCAUGGUGGCUUCAGAAGUAGUUGGGGAAAAGCCAUCUAUUCCCUUCUUUUCUAGCGUGAGAGGGAAGAGAUUCGGCACUGGUAAGGCUGACCAACUUGGACCUGUAUACUGGAGGGAGAAUUUGCAGCGUCCGGUCUUAUUUAAAUCCGCAGUCACUGGCAUCAUUCGUUGCGAAGAUCUCAAAAACCAGGUAUACCUGGAAAUUGGGCCGCACUCCGCCCUUGCAGGUCCGAUAAGACAGAUCUUGGUGACCGAAUCAAGCAAAGCUACUUAUGUUGCCUCCCUAGUCCGGCGCCAGAAUAGCUUAGAGAACCUCUUGCAAGCUAUUGGCAAGUUGUAUUUGUUGCGCGUGCCAAUAGACUUCAAGUCUCUUAUGCCCAGCGGUACUUGCCUAACAGAUUUGCCGCGUUAUCCAUGGGAUCAUCAACGGAGACACUGGUUUGAGUCCCGUUUGGCGAAAGAAUGGCGGGAACGCAAAUACCCCGAACACAGUUUACUAGGCUCAAAACUUCCAGAGAGCACAGACCUAGAACCGAUUUGGCGCAACUUCGUAGGCAUUCGCACAACGCCCUGGCUACAGGAUCACAGGAUCGGUGAAAAUGCCAUUUUUCCUUUCGCGGGGUACUUAUCGAUGGCAGCUGAAGCCGCGCGACAAAUUACAGGAAUCGAGGAAGGGGUCAGCCUUCGCAAUGUGAUAGUCAACACGGCGCUGGUAGUCCCUGAAGACUCGGCCAUUGAAGUCGUGACUUCGCUACGUCACCAUAAAUUGACUGAUUCUCUGGACAGCGAGUGGUGGGAUUUCACCAUCUGUUCGCACAAUGGUCACGUUUGGACCAAGCACUGCUGGGGUCAAGUUCGUGGAGAAUCAUCAACGGCUCCUAUGAAACAGCCCCACAACCAAGAAAGUCCACUACCACGGAGAGUUGAUGUGUCAAAAUGGUACGAAGCACAGCGACGACAAGGCCUGUCCUAUGGCCCAGCCUUCGCCAGGAUGGAGGAGUUACGAACAUCGACCCGUUCGCCUGAUCAAGCCACAGCCAAGAUGAGGAAUCUUAAAUGGGGCGAUGAGGCGCAGUACCACCUACAUCCUGCUAUUUUGGACACUUUCUUCCAACUACAGAGCAGUUCUAACUUCAAUGGACUAAGUCAUGCUUACCGGCGAUUAAUUCUGACGAGCGUGGAAGCUAUGACCAUUUAUCGAUGCACCGAGGAUGAGCUUGAAUUUACAAACAUGACCACGCCUGCCAAGGGAUGCGUUGCCACUGGGACUAUCUCAUCGGGAUCAAGAAUUCUCAUGACGGUAACCGGUUGCCAUUCUUCCUUUUUUGAGGAAUCUGAUAUGAACGAUGAGGAAAGUGUGCCGAUUACGGCUCGGGGUGAAUGGUUUCCUCAUAUAGACUUCAGCGACGCUGCAAAUCUCGUUCAUCAUCCAGAAGAUUAUCACUCGACAUUGCCUCUGUUAUCAAAGAUGGCGGGGUUAGCCAUCAAUAUAGCUAAUAAGCUGGCAAAGGGUAUAGAGGUACAAGCUCCUCAUCUAGACCGAUACAAAAAUUGGCUCAUUCAGGAGGCGUCCACCGUACCUGAGUCCUCGGAUGCAAGUUCCAUGGAUGAACUACAUUUGUUAGCUAAGAGGCUCCAAAGCACAUCUGUGGCGUCAUCUGCAACCACCAUGAUUACAGUUCUUCAGAAUCUUGAAGCUGUGUUAAGGGGCAAUAAGACAGGAUUCGAAAUUCUCAGCUUAGAUGGAAACUUAGACGGCUUCAUCACUUACCUAUGGAAGCAAGGUAGUUCUCCGUAUCUGAAAUGCCUGGCGCAGAGUAAAACUACUAUGAGGGUUCUUGAGGUUGGUGCCGGUAUCGGGGAGAAAACGGCGAACAUCAUCAAAGAUCUAACACAUACCAAUGGAUCUCCUCUUUAUUCGCGAUAUGUUGUUGCGGAUGCAUCAUCAGACCUGCUGAAUGUGGCAAGAGAACGAUUGAAGGAGCUACGGAAUGUGGAGUUCUCCACAAUGAAUAUAAACGAGGCCAUGGAAAGCCAGGGAUUUGAGGAUGCCAGUUUCGACGUGAUUAUUGCAGCUGGCGUUGUCAACACAUCGGCUAACAUUCAAAAAAGCUUACAGGGUCUUCGAGGUCUGUUAAGCCCGAAUGGACGGCUACUUCUCGAAGAGCCGCGAACUGGCUUGCUGUGGGCAAAGUUCGUCCUAGGAAUUCUGCCUAAUUGGUGGUCACAUACGGACGACGGCCGGGAACUGGAACCAUUCGUCGAUGCAACAAGGUGGCAAGAGGAAUUGCGAUCCGCUGGAUUUGGGGAUGUGCAGCAAGUCGAGCAUUGGACGAACAGUGUUUUAGUAGCAAGACCAAGCCAUCCAACGGCCCCCAAGAAGAAGAUAACAUUGCUGUGCGCUGACGAGUCAUCAGCGCCAAGUCUCAUUCUCCAAGAGCUGGCAUCUCAUGGAUACGAGGUACAACGUGCUUCUUUAGGCCAGCCACUCCCGCAGGACCAAGACGUGCUUGCACUUCUCGAUGAGGAACGCCCCUUCUUUGAAAACCUGGGGGCUGAGUCAUUCAUGCGCUUAAAAUCUCUGAUGCUACAAGAUCUAUUAAGCUCUUCCAGCCUCCUUUGGGUCACGCGACGUUCCAGUAUCGAGUGCAAAGACCCUAGAUUCGCGCAAAUUAUCGGAUUCGCUCGCUCUCUGAGGUCCGAGACGGCUGUUAAUAUUGCGACUUGCGAGAUGGAUGAGGUGAUCACUCCAGGAGACGCCUCAGCCCUGGUUAGGGUUUUAGGGGCAUUUCAGAUGAGAGAAGAGGGUGGUGUUCUGGGGCCUGACUACGAAUACACGAUUUCUGGCGGUGAAACUCUCGUACAUCGCAUUUUCCCUUUUGCGCUCGAAAAGGAGCUCCAGUUUACCGACGAGUCAGACGAAGCUUGCGUGUCCAUCGGGCAGCCAGGGCGUAUCGAUACUUUAACUUGGUCGUCACAUAAUGCCGCCGCUCCAAAGGACGGUGAAGUCGAGAUUGAGGUUUAUGCUAGCGGCUUGAAUUUCCGAGACGUACUCGUUGGAAUGCAGAUUGUCCCGGGAUCCAAGUUCGGAUAUGAAGCAGCUGGCGUUGUGCGGCGGGUCGGACCGAACGUGAAAAAGCUAUGUGUUGGAGAUCGCGCCGUCGUCAUGAGCGCCAACACCUUCUCUACUGUCAUUAUUGAGUCAGAAUUGCUUUGUGAGAAAUUACCUGAUAACAUCAGCUUCCUCGACGGCGCCUGCACCCCUACCGUCUUCUUAACUGCAGUUUAUGGUCUUAUUGACUUAGGCAGGCUUACUAAAGGGCAGUCAAUCCUAAUUCACAGCGCCUGCGGUGGCGUCGGACUCAGCGCCAUCCAAGUAGCCAGGAUGCUAGGAGUCGAGAUUUAUGCUACAGUCGGCAGCGAUCUAAAAGCUCAGUACCUAAUAGAUACUUUCGGCAUACCAAGAAGCCACAUCUUCAAUUCGAGGAACAUCAGCUUUGCGGAUGAUCUGCUACGCGAAACAGGUGGGAAGGGUGUCGAUGUAGCGCUUAACUCCCUCUCAGGUGAGAUGCUCCACGCGACCUGGAAAUGCGUCGCCAAAUUCGGAACCCUAGUUGAAAUCGGAAAGCGAGAUCUCCUGGAAAAUGCACGGCUUGAAAUGCAGCAUUUCCUAGCCAACCGGAAUUAUUGCUGCUUGGACAUGGAUCAGAUGCGGAUCGAGAGACCCGAAAUUAACAGCCGCCUACUUCGCUUUACAAUGGAGGCAUUUGCCAAGGGCGACCUGAGACCCAUACGAAUAGAUCAGGUAUUUGAGGCGCCGGCCAUCCUGGACGCUUUUAGGUACAUGCAGCAAGGCAAACACAUUGGCAAGAUCGUUGUCGAGAUUCGCAAGUCAAAUGGAAAGUUGCUGGUGGAUAAUGUCAACCGUACGAAAAAAUACAGCCUCCAACUAGAUGCAACGGCAUCGUACUUGCUUGUUGGCGGUCUGGGAGGGCUGGGGCGCUCGAUGUCCGUCUGGAUGGUGCAGCGCGGUGCUAGGAACCUCACCUUCUUGUCUCGCAGCGCUGGCAACGGCCAACACGAUAUGGAUUUCGUUCGCGAGAUUGAGAGCAUGGGCUGUACUAUCCAGCUAGUCCGAGGCGACGUUACGAAUGCCGACGAUGUGGCCCGCGCCGUUAACGGUACAGUAGCUCCCCUAAAAGGCAUUGUGCAGAUGUCGAUGGUGCUGCGCGAUCGAAUGUUUGACAAUAUGAGUUUCGAUGAUUGGAAUGCUGUUACUCAACCUAAAGUCCAAGGCACAUGGAACCUCCACAAUAUCACCUCGGCUAAAGGAUUGGACCUUGACUUCUUCCUCUUAUUCAGUUCCUUAUCAGGUGUCAUAGGACAAGUCGGGCAGUCUAACUACGCCAGCGCGAACACCUUCCUUGACGCUUUCGUGGAGUAUCGCACGAGCCAAGGCUUACCAUGCACGGCAAUUGACCUUGGUGCCAUGGAGGGAGUCGGUUAUCUAUCCGAAAAUCAGGAGCUUCUCCGCAAGAUGCAAGGCUCUGGGUGGCGUGCUGUGCAGGAAAUAGAGCUUCUUGAUGCCCUAGACCUAGCGAUGAGACGUUCUACAGCGUGCGCAAGCCAAGGACAAGGACCAAAGGCGGGCGCAUUCAUUCUCGGGUUCGCGCCGACCGCACCUCUUAGUAGCCCAGAUAGUAGCGCGAGACUGAGAAGGGAUGUUCGGUUAGCUGCCUACCAUAACAUCCGAAACAGCAAUGCCAAAACGACGACGAAGAAUGACGGGCUAAGUACCCUCCUCACUUUACUCAGAAAGAACCCAGUCCAGAUUGGGACCAGCGAGACCAUAACCGCGCUUUCUACUGCGAUUGGACAGAAGUUAUUCGGGCUGCUUUUGAUAGCAGAUCGGGAUGUCGAUAUCACGUCGACUACGGCUGACCUUGGCCUCGACUCGUUGGUUGCAGUCGAGUUGCGCGCCUGGUGGAAGCAGAAUUUUGGCUUCGAUAUCAGUACAAUGGAAAUGCUGAGCGCUGGCACAUUGGAAGCUCUGGGAAAGCGUGCAGCAGAUGGAAUUGCGAUGUUGUAUGGUUCUUGAGAGAGGGAGGUGCGCGGAAGUUUUCGGCUAAUUACCUAGAGAUCCAAGAUGGAGUAUCGGGCGAGCAAUGAGGCCACGUCCUAAUAACCUUGUGGCUGACUUGAAAGUGUCUUUCCAAUCUACUCAGUUUCUCAAGCGAGGAGCUGUCGGCAGGGCUUGGCUACUUCGCGUACAGGCAUAUUCGCAGCGCUUCAUUUACGCCAUCCAACACUAGCUAUAGCUACUUAUUCGUCUCGUGACCUAUCCGCCGAGAG